AUGGACAGGUGCCAGGCCACCACAGUUGGCAGUCGGAAUGGAAGUGUGCCUCAACCAAUCAACAACCAUCAAUAUUUGCUCUAUGUCAAGGAUAGUGUCCCAUCCAACCAAAAACCUAUUAACCUACGAUUUGUAGAUGUUGCCCAUCUAAAGACGUAUCCACUGAUAGUUGUGUUGUUGAACAACCAUUUGAUCAAUCACUUGACAUCCUAG